CUUUCUGGGGCCUGGGGGAUCCUCUUGCACUGGUGGGUGGAGAGAAGUGCCUGCAGCCAACCAGGGUCAGGCUGUGCUCACAAUUUCCUCCGGCGGCAUGUAAAGGCUCCACAAAGGAGUUUGGAGUUCAAAUGAGGCUGCUGCAGUCGGCCUGAGGAUGGACCCCAAGCCCUGAGCGACGCUGCCAGAGCCCAGACCUGCAGAGCAUGGCACCAAGGUGGCCGCCCGCCCCGCUGUGAGGGAAGGCAGGUUGUGAGCAGCCUUGGGGCACCCCGGCUAGCCCCCGCCCCAUCCCCGCUGGAGCCGGCUGCGAGUCAGAGCCAACAGAGGCCAGUGAGCAGGGCUGCUGGGCCGCCAGUUCGGCCUGUGACUUGGGACCUCUCCUGGAGGCCAUGGACAAGCUGCCCCACUGACGACCACAGUGAAGCAUGUGAGGAGCUGCCCCGGGAGCCACACAGGAGGGAAGAGGGUGACCACAACCCGCCUCCAUGUGCUCAGUCCUUCCCUGGAGACUGCAGCUCACCCGUGGCAGGAGCACGAGAACCCAGGUCAUUGAGCAGAACGGUCCCCACCCUCCAUCACUCUUCUAGGCACAUCUGGAGGGUGUCUGAUCCUGAGCUAACGCUCACUCCUGUGUUCCCAUCACCUGCGACAGAGCUGGACCCAGGUUGCUGCAAUCCACAAUGUGGUCGGGAAGACUAAAUGAAUGGGUGAUGGAAGGCUGGAUGGGGGACAAAUGGUGCAUUUGUGGAUCUUCUGAGGGCUGAGCUGGUGGGGUUUGGGAACUGACUGCAGCCUCCCUGGGAGCCUGCACAGCCUUCUGGUGAUGGAUGAUUCACAGGAUCCCAGGCUGGGAGGCAUGGCAGUUGGAGAUCUGGUUAUUCCCUCCCUGGCCUCCAGGAUGGGAGUGAAUCACAGAGGACAAAUGAUGUACAGUCCCUUCUCCAGGUUUUCCAAGGUGAGGCUGCCACUGCUCAUCCAAGAUGCCCAUUCUGGGGUCUCACCACUUGCAAGAUCAAGAAGCUCUUUCUAAUAUCCAACAAAACCCCACCUUGUGCUGACCUGAAUGCCAUUUCUACUCAUCCAGGCAACAGUAAGAAGUAAUCUCAUCCUGGCCAUUGGACAAACAAACAAACAGACACCUUUUAUUCACUCUGGUUGGAGAGGCAGCCUUGGUGGGAAGGAGGGCCUGGGGCUGGCAGUGUCAGCGAAAUCCAGUCCUGACAUUUACUCCAAGUGCCAGCAGCGACCUCACCUUUCCAGACCUGGGUUUCCUCUACUGCCUCGGGCUGACAAGACCUUUCUCCUAGGAUUUCAUAGAAUCCACUCAGAAAGAAUAACCACCACAUUGCAAGGACCAUGAGGCCACUGUGCGUGACGUGCUGGUGGCUGGGACUGCUGGCCACCCUGGGAGCUGCUGCAGGCCCCGAGGAUGGUUUCGAGGGCACAGAGGAGGGCUCGCAGAGAGAGUUCAUUUACCUGAACAGGUACAAGCGGGCGGGCGAGUCCCAGGACAAGUGCACCUACACCUUCAUUGUGCCCCAGCAGCGGGUCACAGGUGCCAUCUGCGUCAACUCCAAGGAGCCUGAGGUGCUCCUGGAGAACCGCGUGCACAAGCAGGAGCUGGAGCUGCUCAACAGCGAGCUGCUCAAGCAGAAGCGGCAGAUCGAGACCCUGCAGCAGCUGGUGGAGGUGGACGGCGGCAUCGUGAGUGAGGUGAAGCUGCUGCGCAAGGAGAGCCGCAACAUGAACUCGCGCGUCACGCAGCUCUACAUGCAGCUCCUGCACGAGAUCAUCCGCAAACGGGACAAUGCGCUGGAGCUCUCCCAGCUGGAGAACAGGAUCCUGAACCAGACGGCUGACAUGCUGCAGCUGGCCAGCAAGUACAAGGACCUGGAGCACAAGUAUCAGCACCUGGCCACGCUGGCCCACAACCAGUCAGAGGUCAUUGCUCAGCUCGAGGAGCACUGCCAGAGGGUGCCCGCAGCCAGGCCUGUGCCCCAGCCGCCCCCUGCCACCCCACCCCGGGUCUACCAGCCACCCACCUACAACCGUAUCAUCAACCAGAUCUCCACCAACGAGAUCCAGAGUGACCAGAACCUGAAGGUGCUGCCACCCCCUCUGCCCACCAUGCCUGCCCUCACCAGCCUCCCAUCCUCCACUGACAAGCCGUCGGGCCCAUGGAGAGACUGCCUGCAGGCCCUGGAGGACGGCCACGACACCAGCUCCAUCUACCUGGUGAAGCCUGAAAACACCAACCGCCUCAUGCAGGUAUGGUGCGAUCAGAGACAUGACCCCGGGGGCUGGACUGUCAUCCAGAGGCGCCUGGAUGGCUCUGUCAACUUCUUCAGAAACUGGGAGACAUACAAGCAAGGGUUUGGGAACAUUGACGGCGAGUACUGGCUGGGCCUGGAGAAUAUUUACUGGCUGACGAACCAAGGCAACUACAAACUGCUGGUGACCAUGGAGGACUGGUCUGGACGCAAGGUCUUUGCAGAAUAUGCCAGCUUCCGCCUGGAGCCAGAGAGCGAGUAUUAUAAGCUACGGCUGGGUCGCUACCAUGGUAAUGCAGGUGACUCCUUCACCUGGCAUAACGGCAAGCAGUUCACCACCCUGGACAGAGAUCAUGACGUCUACACAGGAAACUGCGCCCACUACCAGAAGGGAGGCUGGUGGUAUAACGCCUGUGCCCACUCCAACCUCAAUGGGGUCUGGUACCGCGGGGGCCAUUACCGGAGCCGCUACCAGGACGGAGUCUACUGGGCUGAGUUCCGAGGAGGCUCCUACUCACUCAAGAAGGUGGUGAUGAUGAUCCGGCCCAACCCCAACACCUUCCACUAAGCCGCUCUCCUCCUGAUCUCUCGUGGCCAUCGCCAGGCAGCCCCAGCACAGUAAGCAACUCCUCACCAGCUCGUCCUGGGCUGCAAGAACUGGGAGCUGGAUUCUGUUUUCUGAAGUCACUGUGUCAGAUAAUGGAAUUGAACUGGUGCAGUGUUCUCUGUCCCUCCUCUACUCUCCUUCACACCAGACAGCCCCUCAUGUUUCUAGGACAGGACUGCAGACAACUCUUUCUUUAAAUAAAUUAUCCCUACAAUAAAACACAAUUGCAAAAUACCUUCAUGAUAUACAUGUGCAUGAGCCUCUCUGUGCACUUAAGUGUAUGCCACAUGUAUAUGCAUUACAUACUAUCACAUGUGAUAUGUCUAGAUAUACAUAUGGGCUUGCUAUAUAUACACCAAAAUACACUCCAAUUCUCAGAUGUUAAAGUUGUCCCCGACUUUGCUCUUCAGAGGAAAAGAUUUCCUUGAUGCUGUUUCUUGAGCCUAAGGGCAAAUCACAGGCUGUGUAGCCCCAAUUCAAAGACUAAUCCUCGGCCUUGGCAUGCCUGGAUUCUUCCAGGAAUGUCUACAAGGCUCAUCUCUCACACAGGGGGUCCUGGCUCCCACUCUUAAGAAGCCCCUUGGGCACCUAAUCAAAUUUCAAAAACCAUCUCUGUUUUUAUGCUCUCUGUUCUCAGGAUUGUCACCACCCUCCACCCAGCACCCUCUGUGUCAGUCCCCACUACCUGCGCAGUUCAAGGCACCUUUUCUCUCUACCCCUUGCCCAUCUUUUUCUACCACAAGACCUUUCCUUCCAGGCAAGAGUCCUCCACCUCUGAGCAGGAAACAGUCUGAGCUCAGGUUCUGGCCGGGAAAGGGGAGGCUAGGCCCAAAGCUACACUGGCGGCCAUGUAGAUCGUGUAUUCAGUUCUGUAUUUUCCGUUCAUACUUUAGCUUCCAUGUCAUUUUAACCUUCACACAAAUAGUAGCCUACCUUGCCAGAGACACUCAGCUGAAGAGAAGUCAUCACCAGUGUGCUGGGGCCCCCAGAUGGCUACAGACUGGAGACCCCAUACUCAGGUGGACCAGAGUCUGUACCUCAUCCCCAAACUACACUUCUCUGGAGGACAGGGGCCACCAGACCCCUUGGUUGGUGUGUUGCAGCAUGGCAGCUUCCUGAAUCCUGCCAGGCUCAGUACUACCGGGACGAUUGCCAAGCCAGGGGCAAGAGAUGAGUCAGGAAGGUGAGACCCUCCCGGUGGGCACGUGGGUCAGGCAUGUGAGAUGUGGGGCGUUUGGUACUGUCCACGUCUGGGUGCGUGCCUAUUACCUCAGCAGUUCUCACAAGUGUACCAUGUAGCAUGUUUUGUGUAUAUAAAAGGGAGGGUUUUUUAAUAUAUUCCCAGAUUAUCCUUGUAAUGACACAAAUCUGCAAUAAAAGCCAUCAGUGCUACAUG